AUGCUUAACGCCAAGCUGUUCACUCUCCCUAUCCUCUUCUCUGGCACGGCCUUCGCCCGGGCGAUCCAGCAAUUACCCCCACAAGGCGCCGUUCUUUUACCCGUCGAAGAUGUCGCACAGCCGCCUGCAGAAAGUCUAGAUUUCGCCUCUCCGACGGUUGUUGACAACGCUAUCGACGAACAGCCGACCGAGGCGGUGGAAAUCGUGUCCUCUGUUCCACUCCCUCCGACGUCAGAUCUGGUUGACGGCCUGACCAGCGUUAUCGACGUGACGAGCGCCGCCGACGCCGAGCCAGUAGAGGCGACUUCGAGCGCCGAGUUCGAGAUACCGGCCUCUUCAGUCCUCGGGGUUGUCGAGGAUAUAUCAUCUGUCGAACUCGAACUGCCUACUUCGUCUGUGGUUUCGGCGGAGGAGGAUACCUCGAGCGUUGAGUUCGAUGUGAUCGCCUCUGCAUCCGACUUCGAGAUCCCGACUUCCUCGGUUGCCGAUGUCGCGGAGGAAACUUCCAGCAUCGAACUCGACUUCUCUACCUCUUCGCUCGAGCUCGACAUCCCCACCUCUUCUGCCCCUUUUUUUGCGGAGGAGACUUCGAAUAUCGAGUUCGAAUCCCUGACUUCUUCACUCGAACUGGACUUUUCUACCUCGUCUCUUUUUGAUUUCACCGGAGAAACUUCCAGCGUCCAGUUUGAUGCUCUUUCAACCUCUUCCGUUGAACUGGACAUCCCUACCUCGUCGAUCGAUGGCUUUCUCGAGGAGACUUCCAGCGUUGAGUUCGAACUGCCCAGCUCGUCUAUUGAACUCGACUUUUUGACCUCGUCUGUUCUGGAUGUGGAGGAGCCGACAUCUACCGUCAUCGCCGUCCCGUCCGAUCCAGCUGUCAUUCAAAAGCCCGUCAUCGUCAUUGUCAAGCAGGUCACUUUCUUCAUCUUCCCUCCGGCCUUGGGCGGCCUCUGCCCCGCCGUCCGACCAGCACCAUUCCCAGGUGGCUUCUUGGUCGGCGACUUCAACUUCGGCCGCUUCCAGGACGCCUGUCUGGCCGCCUGUAACAUUCAGUUCAGCCAGUGCUUGACUGUCGUGGGGUUCGGUCUUCAGGUGACCCAAUGCCAGUCCCAAUUGACCCUCUGCCGUCAAGCCGCUGUCACCGCGACCCUAAGCCUCCCUGUGCCCACCACGGUUACCCAGACCGUCAUCCUCCCUCCCGAGGCUGUGGAGACAGAUUCUCCGGCCGUCACUUCCCAGAUCAUCGACGCCGGAGGUGAGGUCAUCACUACUACUGUCCUACCCGACGACGAGGUUGCCACCAUCGGUACUGGCGGUGUCAGCAUCAUCACCGUUACUGUUACUCCCACCCCUACGCCCACGCCCGAGCCUGUGGUUGGGGAUGAGGACAUUGAGGACCACCCUGACGCCAUCACGUCCGUCGUGACGGUCACUCUGCCGCCCAAUCCGGCCGAGCCCGGUGUGCCUCAGAUCAGCACCGUUGUGGUUACCGUUCAUCCGACCCCCGAAGAGCCUCAAGCUCCUAUCACCUCCGUUGUCACCGUGACUCUCCCUCCCCAUCCGACUCUUCCCGGCGUUCCGCAGUUGAGCACCGCCACCAUCACCAUCCACCCCACUCCCGACGCUCCGACGGCACCCCAGGGCCAAGCGCCGGCUGCUCCUAAGACCAGCGUCGUCACAGUCACGGUGGGCGGCCAGGUCGGCAUCAUCACCAUGACAGUCCCCGAAGCGGCGGCCCCCACUCAGCCCAAUGGUCUUGCGCCGCCCGACUGCCCUGCCUGCGCCAACCCCGUCACCGUCGUCGUGACCGAGACGAAGACUCAGAUCAUCACCCAGGUCGUCGACGUCUGCGGGGCGGCGCCGACAGAGGGCAUCACCGCCAGCGAGAGUUUGGCCGUAAGCGAGAGCCGCCUGGUCGUGUCUGAGAGCGUCUUCCCGACUGAAAGCAUCGUCACCGACGGCGCCCUCCCAAUUGAGAGUAUCGUUACCGAGAGCGUUGUGGUUCCAGAGAUUGCUGUUCCCACCGAGGGCGCCGCUGCCGAGGAGCCCCCCUUGCCCGAGGCAGAAGCCCCGGCGGUGACGCCUGAACGGAAGGGUCCCAAGUUCUUCCGGUUUCCCUUCGAGGAUCGGACUUUUGAGAAGCGGUGGCGACCUAACACCCCGCGAGGAGCUUAG